AUGAUUCCCCGAUUUUCUAGAUUUCUUGCGGUUGUGUUAAAUAGCUAUUAUGUAAUUAAAAGGAAAGAUAAUAUAUUUUUUUGUGAUAAUAAUCAUAUAGAGGAAAAAGUCUUUUUAUUUGGAGAUAGACGUUCUUUAUUUAAAGACAUAAAACAAAAUGGAGAGGCAACUUUUUUUGAAAAAAAUAAAAUAAAAGUAAAAAAAAUAACAUUCGGUAAUUGUAUAGGUGGUUGUAUAACUGAGAAUGACGACAUUUACAUAUGGGGAUCGUACGAAGACGAAGAAAAGGGUGAUGUAAUUUAUAUAAAUCCUAUAAAAAUAAAUAUUAAUGAAGAAAUUAGAGAUAUACAGUUUUCAUACAGUGAUAUAUAUCUUUUAAAUAAAAAGGGAGAACUAAAAAUUAUAAGAGAUUAUAGAGAAUGUUUAAGGAGGAAAGAGUUUAUAUUUGAAGAUUUUUAUAAAUGUAAAAAUAGUAUUUUUUUUAAAAACGAAAAAAUAAUAAAGUUAAGUGUUAAUAAGUUUCAUCUAGCAUUUGUUACAAAUAAGGGAAAUGUUUAUUGUUCAGGAAAUAAUUUUUAUGGGCAAUGUGCUAUGGAACCAUCUUUUAAAAAUAAUUUUAAUUUAAAUUAUAACUUUGAUUUUGCAAACAAUUUGAAUAGUUCAAUAAGAAUGAUGGAUAGUUCAGUUAUACAGGGGUUAAACCAAAACGGGGAAGCUACAGCUGAUUAUGUGGAAAGUUCCUAUUCUCCAAAUGGGUACUCUGUGAAAGUUAGAGAUGAAUCAAUUUCCAUUUCCCCACAUUAUGUUAAUUCGUAUAAUAAAAUGCAUUUUAACAAAAAAAUGGACGAGAAAAAUAAAAGAAUGAACAUUUCUCCGUUUAGUAGUAGAAGUAUGAAAUUAACUAACAAAAAUGAUCAGAACGAGAAUGAACAUGUUCCCGCUGUGGCUGAUAACCGAAAUGAGAUAAGGAUAUAUGAUGAAGGAGACCAUCUUAACCAUUUGAUUUUGAAGGAUACAUUUUAUAUAUUCAAUAAGAAUAAUUAUGUUCACAUAAAUAAAGUACCGUUUGAAGAAAGAACAAAAAUUGUGGAUGUGUCGUGCGGGUUAAAUCAUACGUUAUGUUUAGAUGAUAAAAACAACGUUUACAGUUUUGGAGAUGAUAGCAAAAUUCAGUUAGGAUUAGGAGAAAGUAGAACAAAUAAAAACUCAUUAUCAGGAACAAGAUGGAAAGAUCAAUUAAAGCUUGGUUAUUCUACUAUAACAAAAAAUUUAGCUAAUUAUUCUUUUUAUGAUAGACAUAUACAAAGCAGUCCACAAAAAAUAUUAAAAAAGAUGAAUGACCAUGAAAUGGUUAAUGAAAUAUAUAAGAUUAAUGCUGGAUCAAAUUUCUCCAUGGUACAUUCGAAUGAUCAUUUUGGUAAGCAACUAUUUUGUUUCGGCGAUAAUAUGUAUUUUCAAUGUGGUAGGCAUAUAGGGAAACAUCAGCAGACAUUAUCUACUGUGAAAUUGCCUAAUAACAAAAUAAAAGACUUUUCUUGUGGUGAUAAACAUUGUUUAUUAAAUUUAAAUGAUAAACUUUAUGGUUGGGGAUACAAUAACAAGUAUCAAAUAUCCCCAUUUAAAAAUAAAGGCAUAGUUAAUUACCCAGCACAUAUAUUCUCUGAAAAGUAUUAUUAUCCUAAUAAUUUUCAUAUAAAAUAUAUGAAUGCUAGGUAUAACAAUUCAGCUAUCAUUAUUACUCAUAAUAAAGCGAGUUAG